AUGGAAGACCCGAAUCCUGUCGUACCUGUCCCUCAGAAGCGUCCAAGCGAGGACGACACUGAGCCUCAACCAUCCACGCCAGUCAAAGCCAUGUCGUCUCAGGCAUCAACACCAUUGUCGGUGCUAUCCAACGUCCAGACGCCAUCACCUAUGCAGACAGCCGUUUCCAGCACAAAUGCACCAACCAGCAGCACCGCCGCUAGCCCACCGUCCACACAUACUGCACCUGACCCCUCCAAUCAGCAACCAGCCAAGAAGAAGCGGAAGGUCUUGACUCAGCAGGAGAAGGAUGAUGCAGCUCGCGAGAAAGAAGCCAAAGCCAAAGCCAAGGCAGACAAGGCGUCACAGAAGGAGGCCGAAGCCAAGCUCAAGGCCGAUGAGAAAGCCCAAAAAGCUGCGCAGAAAGAGGCAGAAAGCAAAGCAAAGGCCGAAGAAAAGGCCAAGAAGGAGGCAGAGAAGCGCGAAAAGGAAGAGGAGAAGGCGAAGAAGGAGCGAUCACAAAUGAAGCUCAACGCUUUCUUUGUUAAACCCAAAGUCGUUGCCAACGGUGCUGAACCUUCUGUGGUAGAUUCAAACCCUGACUCUGCUGCCCCAUCAUUAUCAUUACCACCGGAGACUCGUGACACGGGUACUAACGCAAUUCCUCCCUCUCCACAGAAGUCCAUCCAAAAGAAUGCGCAGUCAGACUAUGAACGCUGUUUCCUCCCCUUUUCGCUACCGUCACACGCCAUCCUGGCGCCCGCGCACGCGUUUAUGGAAGACCCAGAGGCACUCAACGCCGCCAGAGCACGAUUGGAUCAGCUGUCAAGAAAGGACAACGCUGGCCUGCAGCCCCUCACACUUCAAACUUUGAAGGUUCUGCUUCCAGCUCGUGCUCGGCGGGGUCCAAAGACUGUGGCUAUUGCGGAGAUUGUCAAACGAGUUCAUGGAUCUCCUGCUCGACCUGUUGACCUGACAAAUGACAGUAGUAGCGAUCAGCAACAGCCCAUCGAAAUGCUGAAGGGAAUACCCAUGAAAUAUCUGCAUUUUGGCGAGGAUGUUCGUCCUCCCUACUACGGUACUUAUACGAAGCCCUAUCCGGACACUACUGCGCGGCGACUUGCUCGCAAUGCGGUGUCUCGAGUUCGUCAAGACACCAACUAUGACUACGACUCCGAGGCCGAAUGGGAAGAGCCCGAGGAGGGCGAAGACCUUGACUCUGAAGGUGAAGACGACUUGGAGGAAGAUGGGGACGAUGACAUGGACGGCUUUUUGGAUGACGAAGAGGAUCCACAGCUCAAGCGACGCAUGCUCUCAGGGGACCUGGUACCCGUCAGUACUGGCUUGUGUUGGGAAGAUGCAAACGGUGUCUCGAAACUGAACGACGGCUCGGAUGCCAUCUGCACUGAGUUCAGAGGGUUCAAGAUGGAGUACCUGUUGGACCCAUACCCUCAGUCGAUUGAUCCAUUCUCGACAUGCUACUGGUCACCGCCUGACUCGAUUGCAACCGCAGCCACCGCUGCAGCGAGCAAGAGCAAUUCCGGCAAUGGUCUCAUGCACCCACCUCCACGAGUGCCACUAACACAUCGCACUAUGAACGGGCUGCUGAACACGCUCAACUCGUCUCCCAAAUCAACUCCGUCCGCGGUAUCCAAACCGGCCGCAAGCAAGAAGUUGAUCCCUGAUGAUCAACUGCCCGCUUUCAAGGCUGAGAUCCAGGGUAAAGACCUCACCAAGAUUGGCAUGAUUGAGGCUCUCAAGAAAGCCUUUCCCAAGCUGCCCAAGGCGGCUAUCACCAACACCCUCAGCACCGUUGCUGCCAGGGUCGGUCCCACCGAGAAAGAGAAGCGUUGGGUGCUGAUCAGCAACUGA